AUGGUUUUCCAGUGUUUUUAACAAUUGUUUUAUCAGUUUUUACUAAAUGAUUUUUCUGAAGUUAAUUGGAACUAUGAUUUUUAGGCAACUCGAGGGAUUUUUAUCAGGGAAUAUUUUUAGAAACUCAUGCUUACAAAUCAUGAGAAUUAGCUUGUUUUAUUGAUUGAGUAAUUUAAUUAAAUAUUCUAUUAGUAAUUUAUUAUUUUGAAUUUUUAAAUACUUCUCUACUAAAUUUAGAAUACAUUCCUAUAAUUCUAGUUAUAAAGGAAAUACUAUGAUCUUAAGUGUUAGAAUUACAAAAAGUUGGGGGUGCCUUAAUACUCAAGGAACUCUAAUAGACAAUAAGAAUGGAUAAUUUAUUAUCACACCUGUAUUGGGAUGCUGAGGGUAUAGAUAUGGAAGUAUUCACAGAAAUACUCUGAAAUUAAAUUUUUAGGGAUUUCUAUUGACUUAGUCUUAACAAUUUGA